AUGCCUGCUAUCAUCUUUGCUCGAAACGAUGCUCUCGACGUCAAUCCUCAAGCGGGUGACGCUCGUCUCUCUGAUGCUGGCUCAGACUGGCUCUGGGCUGUAACAGCUCUCUACAUCGUCAGCUUCCUCGCCUACUUUGCCCUCAGCUUCAAGCCUCGCAACAAUGAGAGAAUCUUCCACUACCUCUUUACAAUUGCCCUUUUCGUCGGAGCAAUCACUUACUUCUCCAUCGCCUCUGGAAUCGCAUACUCUGUAAUUCCCACGCAGCGUAACCUCGGUCGUGCUCUUUCAUAUCAGAUCUACUAUGCCAAGUAUAUCAACUGGGUUGUUGCAUUCCCUAUCAUUAUUCUGGCUUUGGGACUCAUGAGCGGCGUGAGCUGGGCUACUAUUCUGUUCAACAUCUUCCUCGCCUGGAUCUGGAUCAUCUCGUACCUCUGCUCUGCAUACACCACAACCUCGUACAAGUGGGGAUUCUUCGGUUUCGGCACAUUCGCCUAUCUCAUGCUUGCCUUCCAGACUCUCCAUCCCGGCCGAACAUCCGCUGCUCGUCUGGGCCUAUCUCGAGACUAUCUCAUGCUCGCAGGCUGGGUGAACCUCCUCUGGCUGCUGUAUCCCAUCGCCUAUGGUAUCUCUGACGGCGGCAACGUGGUUGGUGUCACUGGAAGCUUCAUCUUCUUUGGUAUCCUCGAUGUCCUUUUGAUUCCCGGACUCGCUUUUGCCUUCUUGUUCUUGUCCAAGCGCUGGGACUAUGGUGCCCUCAACUUGCACUUUACACAGUAUGGUCGCGUCAACGCUGCUAAUGGCGUCUUCCCUGAGAAGAGGGCUCCUGUUGCUCCUGCUGCUGAACAACCUGUUCCUGCUACUGCUACGGCUGCUGUCUAA